CACCACCAACCAAAAAAUAUUGGUAUCAAAACUUGAAAAACCCCAAAAUAUUUGGGUAAAAAAAAAAUAAAAAAAUUUCAGAGAAUUCUGAUUCCCUCCUUCCCCCAAAAAUUCCCUCCCUCUGAUUCCAAAUAUUUAUGCUUACUGUCAACUCAACGACUAUUCUCCCUUCAAUUCUCUCCGUACUUGUUUUCAAAUUUUCUAGGGUCUAUAUAUAGAGUUUGCUAGGGAGUGUUGUUUGGAUUACUGAGGUUGCUUUGACAGCUUUCUCGGAGGUGAAGGAGAAUUGUGUUCUGUCUUAUUUGCUUAAUUCCCUUUUAUGAUUCACAAUAUCUUCAUAAUUGUACUUACAUGAAUGGUAGAAGAUUUUGGAUGAUUGGUGGUUGGUGAAGAUUCUGGAUUCAGGGAAAGAGAAGUUGAGUGAGUUGAAAGUUUUAGUUGGUUGGGUUGCAAAUUAAUUAUGGAGUGCAACAAAGAUGAGGCUAUGAGGGCCAAACAGAUUGCAGAAGCCAAGAUGCAGAAAGGAGACUUUUCAGCGGCACAAAAGAUUGCUCGCAAGGCUCAACAACUCUUCCCUGAGCUUGAUAAUGUUUCUCAAAUGUUGACAGUAUGUGAUGUUCACUGUUCUGCACAGAAUAAAAGUUUGGGUUCAGAAAUGGAUUGGUAUGGAGUCCUUCAGGUUGAACAGUCAGCCGAUGAGAUCACCAUCAAGAAGCAGUUUAGAAAGCUUGCUCUUUUACUUCAUCCAGAUAAGAACAAAUUUUCUGGUGCUGAGGCUGCUUUCAAGUUGAUUGGGGAAGCACAUAGGGUGCUGUCAGACAAGACAAAACGUUCUGUAUAUGACAUGAAGUUUAGAGCAGUAGCAGCAAGAACUUCUAUGCCCCGACCGCCGCCGCCGCCACCACAGAAGCAGCAGUCACAAAGGAACCCUUUUAUCAAGAAACAACAUGGGCCUGCAAGUAAAUUUCCGAAUGGUCCUCGUCCACAGUAUGGGACUGCAAAUCCUAUCCCAAAAGCUACUAAUUCACAGUUUACAGGCUCACCUCUCCAAAAUGUGCAGGACGCAUUCUGGACUUGCUGUUCCAAUUGUGGUAUAAGGUACCAAUACUACAGAAAUUUUGUAAAUAGGGUACUACGCUGUCAAAGUUGCAAACAGUCCUUCACGGCCUAUGAUUUAGGUACUCAACCAACAGGAUUUACCUGGAGUCAGUUCCCCCGUCAGAAUGUACCAAGUUCUGGGAUUCAGAAUGGUUUUCCAAAUCCAGGGCCUUCUAAUGUGGCCUCACAAAAUAACAGUAGAAAGCCUUCUGGUACAAAAGUUCCUGAUAAAUCUCCAUGGUUACAUCCAGUCUCAAAUGCAAGAAAUUUUGCUCAGGUUGAUUUGAGUUGUAAGAUCCAAAAGAAAAUAGAUGAUUUUGUGACUGCAAAGGAAGGUGUACGAAUGUCAAAGCCUGAUUUAGUAAAUGGAAAGGAAGGUGCCAAAUGGUCCAAGCCUAAUGUAGUUAAUGGGAAGGAAGGUUUUGGAAUGCCAAAGUCCAAUGUUGGAAAGCAUGAUGAAUCUGGAGCCUCAAGAAGUUCAAGCAAGAAGAGAAAGAGGAAAUUAGCUGAAGAAUCCAGUGAAAGCUGUGAGGUUGACAACAGUGAUGAAGAGCAGAAGGUGGAGGUUCAAGAAACUGGUGGUAAUCUUGCUGGACAAAAUUUUGGAUCUGGUAUAGGCCAACGGCUUAGAAGAUCUUCAAGGCAAAAACAAGGUGUUUCUUACAAAGAUGAUAUAGAUGAUGAUUUUGUGAGCCCUUCGAAGAGGCCAAAGGAGAGCAAACAAUCCAAUUUCAGGGGAGAGAAGGUGAAAGACGAUUGUGUACUUGGUGGGGCAUCCAAUGACUAUAAAUCAGCUGUUUCUGCCAAGGAAAAUAAGAGAGAGUCGAAACAAGAAUCCACUUUUUCUGUUGACGAAAACUUGACAAAUAAAAAAAGCAAAUCUGAGGAAGGCGAAGAAAUUGUUGAUGCAAUAAAUCCAAGUAUCGAAUAUCCUGGUGCAGAUUUCACCAAUUUUGAUACAAAUAAGGCAGAAAACUGUUUUGCUGUUAAUCAAGUUUGGGCUAUUUAUGAUACAUGGGACGGCAUGCCAAGAUUCUAUGCUCGGAUCAAGAGAGUUUUUUCACCUCUGUUCAAGCUACGGAUUACUUGGCUCUAUCCUGAUCCUGAUGAUGAAAAUGAUAUUCUUUGGUGUGAUGCUGAUCUGCCGAUUGCCUGUGGUAAGUAUGUAAAUGGGGAGACUGAAGACACUGAAGAUCUUCUAAUGUUUUCUCAUCAGAUAACCUUGAUCAAAGGUGCUGGUAGACAAUAUCUGAUAUAUCCUAAAGUAGGAGAAACAUGGGCUAUUUUCAGAGAUUGGGAUAGCAAGUGGAGUUCUGAUCCAAAAAAGCAUAAACCCCCAUAUCAGUUUGACUUUGUUGAAGUAUUGACUGAUUUUAAUGAGAAUACUGGCAUUGGAGUUUCCUAUUUGGGCAAAGUCACAGGGUUUGUUAGCUUAUUUCAGCGAGCUGCUCACAAUGGGGUUCUCUCAAUUUGUGUAGGACCACUAGAGCUCUGUAGAUUUUCACAUCGAAUUCCCUCAGUCAGAAUGAGUGGCAAGGAGAGGGAAGGUGUCCCUGAAGGAUCUUUUGAGCUUGAUCCUGCAUCCCUCCCAACAUACCUUCAUAAGCCUGUUGAUCCUAGUGAUGUUAAGAUUGAAAGUAAAAAGCUGGAAACUGAGGCCAAUGGUUCGUGCACUAAGUCUCCUGAAGCUAAAGUGCAAUCUGUCAUCACUCAGCCUAAAGGAAAUACAUGUUCAACUGAUGAGAGGAUUGAAAACCCUAAGAAGCUGCAGGAUGAUUGUGCAAUGAAUGCCGCAAAAGUAAGAAAAUCUCCUAGGGAUUUGAGCAAGAAAAGUAAUCAAGUAAAUGGAAGUCAGUGCACAACCCAGGAGGACAUCAAGCUUUCAGAUGCUGGAAAGGAUGAAAAACAUAUAAACAUUGCUCAGUCUAUUGGAAAUGCUUCCUCGAUUCAGUGCAAUGAAAAUCUGCCUUUGCAUGUGAGGGAUGUAAAUUCCGCUAGUGUAAUGGAGGUCUCUAAUGCCUCUACACCGAGGUCUACAAGUCGAAAAAUUGCUGAAUUAGAAUGCCAUGAUUUCAAGGGAGAAAAAUCUGAUGAUAAGUUUCAGGUGGAUCAGAUAUGGGCACUGUAUAAUGAUAGUGAUAGGAUGCCUAAGAUGUAUGGCCAAGUUAACAAAAUUGAAUCAACCCCUGUCUUCAGAUUGCAUGUGUCACUGCUUGAAGCUUGUGCAGUAACUGAAGAUCAGUUGCGGCCUGUUUGUUGUGGGGCAUUUAAAGUUAAAAAUGGUAAAUCCAAUAUUUUACUGCCGUCUGCUUUCUCUCAUCAGCUAAAAGCUGAAUCUGUUGGGAGGAAUAUAAUUGAAAUAUACCCGAGGAAGGGUGAGGUUUGGGCAGUUUACAAGAAUUGGAACUCUGAGCCAACAUGUUCUAACCGGGAUAAGUGUGAAUGUGACAUUGUUGAGGUCUUGGAAGAUCAUGAACAGAGCACAAAAGUGGUGGUUUUGACAUGCUUUAAUGGUUCUCAGUCACUCUACAGGGCUCCAAGAAGCCAAAGGACCAAAACUGGUCUUAUGGAAAUUCCAAGGGCUGAUGUUGCUAGAUUUUCUCAUCAGAUUCCGGCUUUUCAGCUCCCAGGGGAGAAAGACAAUCAACUUAAGGGGUAUUGGCAGCUCGAUCCUUUGGCAAUUCCUGAUUAAUGGAACUGCAACAAGAGAGAAGCUCUGGGCUGUGUUAAAUGGAAACCAACCAUUUCUGGCUUAACAUGUAUGUUUUUCUUUGUUCAUUUCCAUUUAGACAAUUUCCCUUAGCAUCUCAGACAUCUGAUUUUGUAAGUUUAUGAUAUUGAGGAAGCAAAUAUGCAGUUGUAAACUGAUGGUAGAUGUAUAGCUUUCUGUGUAUACCCUGAUGUGUUAAUGUGUAAUUAGGUGAUUUUAAAGUGAAAGAAAAAAUAAAUUGAUUGACUUGAAACUUAAUUUUAUA